AGAAACGAAAUAACUCCGAGCAAUGAUAAUAUAAAGUUUUAAUACUCAAAACAAACCAUAUGGAAUACAUUUAAAAAUACAUCGAUAUUCUUGAAUAAUAAAAAUCCGAUUUAAAAAAAAAUUAUGUCUGAUAUGUUAAUGGAAGAAGACGAUGGAUAUCUGUAUGAUGAAGAUAAAAUGGGAAUGCGUGUCACAUCGGGUUUGGCUAAAAUCAAAAAAGAUGAUGGAAAUUUAAUUGGCAUCAGUAUUGGUGGCGGUGCACCAAAUUGUCCAUGUCUUUAUGUUGUACAGGUGUUUGAAAAUACACCGGCAGCGAAAGAUGGAACAUUAGAAGCUGGUGAUGAAAUUAUUAGUGUUGAUGGAAAAUGUGUAAAAGGUAGUACAAAAGUUGAAGUUGCACGAAUCAUACAAUCGAUAAAAGAUGAGGUGACCAUCGGUUAUAACAAACUUCAUGCUGAUCCAAAACAAGGAAAAACAUUGGAUAUAAUAUUGAAAAAAUUGAAACAUAAAAUGGUUGAAAAUAUGGAUUCAUCCACGGCUGAUGCACUUGGAUUAAGUCGAGCUAUUCUAUGCAAUGAUAGUCUUGUUAAAAAGCUUCACGAACUUGAUCGAAAUGAAUUCAUUUUCAAAGGAUUAAUAACUCAUAUGAAUUAUGUGAUACGGAGCUAUAUGGAAAUUGUUUCUACAUAUAAAGAUUUUGGUGAUGUUUUCAAUGAAAUCGGUGCACAUGAACCACAAACAGAUGCAAGCCUUGCAUUUACUCGUUUCGGUAAUGUUCAUCGAUCAUUCGAAAAAGAAGGAACAAAAAUGAUCAAAGAUUUGAAACCUAUUUUGAGCGAUUUGAAUACCUAUCUAAACAAAGCCAUACCAGAUACCCAAUUAACAAUUAAGAAAUAUGCCGAUGCUAAAUUUGAAUAUCUGUCAUAUUGUUUAAAAGUAAAAGAAAUGGAUGAUGAAGAAUAUACGUAUCAAGCAUUGCAAGAACCGUUUUAUCGUGUCGAAACAGGCAAUUAUGAAUAUCGUCUUAUUCUACGAUGUCGACAAGAAGCAAGAAAACGUUUCGCUACAUUACGAUCGGAUGUUCUUGUUAAAUUGGAAUUACUAGAUCAAAAACAUGUUCAUAAUAUUGCUACACAUAUAACGAAAUUCAUCUCAUCCUUAAGUUCAUUUAUUAGUAAUUGUCAUCAACAUCUAGAAGAGAAUAGUUUUGUACCAUUCGAAUUGGAUCUAUCAAAAAGUUGUUUACUACAAUCUUCAUUAUUAUCUAAUUCAUAUGAUCGGAAUGUGGAAUAUCAUGAUGAAAUUGGAAACACUAACAACAACCGCUAUAAAAGUAACGAUGUUAAUGAAAAGAAUGAUGAUGAUGAUGAUGAUAAUGGAAUUGAACCGGGUGAAGAAGCUAUUUUAUUUGAGCAUAAAGAUAAUUUCCAUCAAAAUAAUAGUCAACAAGAAAAACAUGUUAAAAAUAAUGACGUAAGGGAAAAAAGUGAAAUGCAAAAUUUAAUUGAAAUCUUUACAGAUGAAAAUGAUCAAAUUGAUGAUAACAAAAAAGAUGAUGAAAAGGCUAAAAAGGAUGAUUUUUUACUUUACUGAAAAGUUUUUAAUACAUCCCGUUUUAA